AUGACCCCCUACAAGGGCUCGCUGCGCUACAAGCGCAAGUCGGACAUUGUCGACAUUGCCACCGCACUCGACCUCCACCCCAACCCAAACUCGUUCCGCAGAGAGGACCUCGAGGAACUCGUCCGCGAGCACCUCAUCCAGAACAAGCAUACCUACGCAAACGACCAAAACUUCAAGGGUCUCAUCGACAGCCUCGACCAGGAGCAGAAGCGACGCAGGUCCGCACGCUCCUCGAGCAUCAACCCAAACAUCGACUCCGACGACACCUCCGACUCGCCCGACCACGCCGGCAUCGCAAAGACCCCGCGCAAGCACUCGCAGCGCCCCUCGACCAGCAGCCUCCUCGCCACCCCCUCAUCCACCCCCGCAUCGGCAUCGGCAGCCGCAGCCGCAGCCGACCUCGGCGCAUCCGUGCACAGCAGCGGCAUCAAGGCCAAAAAGUCCCUCGAGAGGCUCGUCGAGUCCGUCUCGGGCACCGCGCAGUCGGCCGCCGGCGAGCUCACCGCCAACCCGCACGUCCAAGAGGCACGCCAAGAGGCCACCGCCGCCGUCGAAAAGGUCCAGAAGCGCGCAAAGAAGACCUACCGCGACGCAAAGAAGCGCGCAUACCACGUCUUUGUCGACGUACGCACCUGGCUCAGCGACUCGAGGCACCUCGUCGUCGUCCUCCUCGCCCUCGAGGCCAUCGCCCUCGUCCUCUCGGCACUCCCCACCACCUUUGUCGAGGUCGGCAGCCGCGGUCCCACCAUCCCCAUCAUCCACCCAAACAGGGGCAUCAACGGCUACCUCCCGCACUAUGCCCUCACCGUACCCAACCCUCGCGGCCUCAUCUCGCUCGCCUUUUGGCAGCCCGUCGUGCUGUGGACCCUCUACGGUGUCCUCAUCCCCGGCGCCGUCGCUCAUCUGGUCACCUUUGACCGCAAGUCGCACCCCUCGGCGCUCUCCUUCCUGCUGGCGCGGGUGUCGGCGCUGGUGCUGCUGACGCACGUCAUCCCGCGAAGCGUGCUCGCCUCGCUCAGUGCCCAGACGCCGGCGGUGCUGGGCGUGGCCGCCGGCGAGACUCCCGAGGGCCACCACCUGCUGGCCAACGCCGCACGCAGCUUCCUCUCCUACGGCCACGUCCUCGACCACCUCGGUCACGACCUCCAGCUCUGGGCCUCGGCCACCGCCCUCGGCUUUGCCGUCUACGAGGGCCUCGCGACCCGCCCUCGCUCCGUCUAG